CAUCGCUCUCUCGGUGGAAACGCACCUGGUCGCGCGCUGCGUCAUCAUUGUGCGCCGAGGUUUGUUUUGGAUCUGAAGAUGGAGGAGGCGGCUCGGUCCGCAGUCCUCCUCUGCUCCGUGUUCAUGUCUGGCUCUGCCCCGCUGCUUGGGGGUCAGCUGUCCGAGAUGUGCCGGCUCCAGGCGGCCGUGCUGAGGCGGAGCCGGACGCAGGAGGCGCUGGACCGGGACCGGCGGCGGCGGCAAUACCUGCGACGGAGGAGAGCCUUCCUGCUGUCCUCCAUCGCCGGCAUCCUCAGCGUCAUCCCCACCACCCGCAGACCCAUCUGGGCCCGCCGGCGGAUACGGGGCGAGAGCUUCUGGGCCACGGCCGAGUCGUACGACGAGGACGCGUGGAAGGCGCAGUUUCGCGUGUCCCGAUCGACGUUCGACUACCUGGUGAAGCUGAUCGGACCGAGCAUCCAGCGGCGCCGGACCAACUACCGGACGCCCAUCGAGCCGCGCCGCCGCCUGGCCAUCACGCUGUGGUGGUUCGCCCGGUCCGGGGAGUACCGCUCCAUCGCGGACACGUUCGGGGUGGGCAUCGCCACCGUGUGCAUCAUCGUGCGGCAGGUCACGUCGGCCAUCGUGGAGCUGCUGUGCCGCCGCUUCGUGUCGCUUCCGACCGGACAACAGCUGGACGAAACCAUCCGAGGCUUUGCGGACCGCUGCUACCCGAUGUGCGCAGGCGCGAUAGGCUCCACACACAUCCCCAUCGCCCCUCCGCGGGACAACCCGGACCACUACGUGAACGCCAGGGGCUGGCACUCCGUCAUUCUGCAGGGCGUGGUGGACCACCGGCUCCGGUUCACAGACGUGUAUGCGGGUUGGCCUGGCAGCAACAGCAGCGCCUCCGUGCUGUCCAGUUCGGACCUGUACCUGAAAGCUGAGGACCGCCCAGAUGGCUACCUGUUCCCCAGAGAGAAGUCCGUGCUGUCUGGUGGCGUGGAGAUUCCCGUCCAUUUGAUCAGCGACGUGUCGUUCCCUCUGAGGCCUUGGCUGAUGAAAGGCUACAGCGAUGAGCAUCAGUUGUCCCCAGAGCAACGCCGCUUCACCUUCACGCUGGCGUCUGCACGCUCCGUGGUAGACGCCGCCUUCAUGAGGCUGAAAGGACGCUGGAGGUGCCUGCUGAAGAAGAGUGACAUCGAUGUGUCCAUGAUGCCGAAGGUGGUGGCCGCCUGCUGCGUCCUGCAUAACAUCUGCGAGCUGCAAGGAGAUGCCUUCCUGCCAGAGUGGAACGUGCAGACGGCGCCGUCCGGAACAUGUCUCAUCCAGCCAGACGUUGUGCCGUGCCAAGAAGAAACACACGGCAUGGCAGAAGUGGUCCGGCGCACCAUCGCCUACAACCUACUGUCCAUCCUGCAGCACUGAACUGCCUGCAGCUACAUCAGCUGACUGCCUGCCUGCUGAUUCUGAUGUGAAAAUGAAAACAUUUCUGCAUUUCUGUCAGAAGACUUUUGCAGACUUUAAAUACUCUCUCAGAAUUUUCUCCUGAAGCUGCAGACACAAGAGGUCCAAAGGAGUCCAACGAGAUCAGACCUUUUUGGCUCCUUCUCCUACGACUGCCAAACUGAAGCAUCAGAAAAAUAUCCACUGCAUUGGCAACAAGGUCGAGGGGGGAGUUCUGGGGGGGUUAGUAAAUGGGAUUUGGUGAAAAUCAGAGCAAAGAUUCUUCUGAGACCUUAUACUUGCUUUCCUUUGAGUCUGUUUAGUUUGACAUUUCUGUGGUUUUCCAGAAAAAUUUUAGCCCAAAAACACAACUAUCCGCAUACAGCGAGGCCAAAAGGAUUUAGUCCUGCAAGUUGUUCCAAUUAAGAAGAUUAGAUGUCUUUAACAUUCAUCAUGGGUACACUAAAACUGUAAGAGACAGAAUGAAAAAAUAAUAAUACAGGAAAAUCACAUUCUAAAGUUCUCCAGAGACCAUCUGGAUGAUCCAGAGGAGGAAUGGGAGAAGGUCGUGUGGUUAGAUGAAGCCAAAAUGAAACUCUUUGGUAUAAACAUCAGUUGAUGUGGUUUGGAGGAGGAUGAAUACUGAGUUGCAUCCCAAGAAUGCCAUACCCACUGUGAAGCAUGGAAGUGGAAGCAUCGUGCUUUGGGACGACUGAUCUGUAUGGAUGAAUGGAGCCAAGUAUGGUGAGAUUUUGGUCAAAAAUCUUCUUUUGUCAGUGAGAGUUCUGAGAAUAAAACAUGGCUGAAUGUUCCAGCAUGACUAUGAUUCCAAACACAUAGCCCGGGAAAAAGGAGUGGCGACAAAAAGCAUUUUCUGGAGCGGUCUAGACCGUGAGGAGGUAAUUAAAAGUCUGUGUUGCCUAGCAACAGCCCCAAUACAACAGACAAAGCUCUAGAGAAAAUCCACAUGGAGGAAUGGACCAAAAUUACAGUUACAGUGAAAACCUACUAAAGACCUACAGGAAUCCUUUGGCUUUUGUUGUUAACAACCAGGGUUGCAUUACAAACUAUUGAGGUGAUUUUUUUUUAUUUAUUUUUUACCAAUUACUGCACCAUUAUACAAAAAAUGUAAAAGUCAAACAAUGAGAUUCCCUGUAUUCGCAUUCUGUCUCUCAGAGUGAAGGUAUAAGGAAAUUCACAGAAGUGGGGCAAUUUAUUUUUAUUUUUUAGCUCAACUGUACAACUCAGAAACAUGUUCCCUACAAAUGUGACGCUAUUUGAAAGCACCUUUAAAAAGCAUUCCAUUGGUAGGAUUUGUCAUCAAGAAUAGUAUUUUACAACAAAAGAUUAAUAAAAUAAAAUAUGACCAAA